CCACGUCGCAAUCCCUAUAAUUAGCAAUCGUCGUGACAAAAUGAGGACGUGACGAAUCUCCGAAUAUUGUAACCGUUGUAUCGCCAUUUGUGAGUUCAUUUGGAGGACUACCUGUUGUUGAUGCCCCAUGUCUUCACGCAACCUGCAAACCAUGCACAUCAUCCCAUCUUCGGACUCCCCCUACUAUCAAUUUAGAUUUGUAAUUCUACGAGUAUCUUCAAAAGAUUUCCUUCGAAUUAACAUGCACAUGAAAUUAUAUUCGAAAAUACGACAUGUCAACUCCAUACCUUAAUUACCAAUUAAGUCAUUUGUACUUUGACAUGUCCUUAAUUUGUCUCUAAUCUCAGGUACAUAUAAGGGGCAUUACAAAUAUACAGAUCCAUGUGCCUUUGUCUACUACUAUAAUUUAUCUAAUUCCAAAGGAAUCUUACUUUAUAUCCUUAUCCAAUAUCAUUAUUUACCCCCCCCCCCUUCAUUGAGGAAACUGUGGGUGGAAAUGAUCAUAGUGUUGGGUGCCCUUUUAGUUUUGAACCCAAGGCAUCAUCUUCUUAGAUUAUUAUUAUUGGAGGAAGAAGGCAGAACCAUAGUGCAAUUUAUGUUUGGUAGUGUGGUGGAGUGAAGUACCCAUGGUGUGAGAUGGUACGUAUGAUCCAAUUAUCCAAGGUGACAGAAUGAUGCUAAGUAGGGAUGACAAUUGAACUGUAUCUACGAUUACCCAACCCAAUUCAAUCUGAUAAAAUGAGUAAUAUUCAAGUUGGUGGGUUUGGGUUGGAUGUGGGUAAAACUCGCUUUUGGAAAUGGUGGAUUGGGUAGGAUGCGGGUUUAGCCAAAACUCGAUCAACCCGUUAUCCACAUGACCCGUCCUUGGAAAGAAAAAUGGCAUCGUUUUGUAUACAAUCCUUAUAAUAUGAAUAAUUUAUGAAUAUUAGUAUUUGUGAAAAUAUAAUUCUAAUGAUAUGGAUAAUUAUUGAUGUUUUUAGCCUUCAUAGCAAUAUAGUUAUAGAAAAAGUUUUAAUAAUAUAAGGAUGCACGUGUUGAAAAGAAUUAUUCGCGGUUAUAUUCGUGAAUCUAUGGAUACCCAUGCACCCUCAUAUACUUGUUGGAUUGGACUGAGUUGGAUUUUCUCUUCAAAAACCCUGUAGGUAUUUUGUCAUUCAUUUUUUAUCUAUGCACCCUAAAUCCAAUCCAACUUAACACGGUUCAAUGCCAUACCUAGAUGAAAACUCAUGAUUGCGUGGUUAGUUUGUUUCAUUUGGUUAAAUAACACGUCUGAUUAAUCAUCUCGUAAAAAUUAAAUUUUAUUUACUUACAAAGGUGAUUUGGUGUCUUAGUUCUCAUAUAAUUUCCCUCAAAAUUCUUCAAAACCAUUUGCAAUGAGGGAUGUGAGAUAAAAAUGUUGCUAGAAUAAUGGUUGAAGUCGUUAUGGCCUCAAAUUAAUUCCUUCCCCUCACCUAAUCGUCCAGCCGAUAUGGCCCAAAUUAAAACAAUCAUGUGUCAUGUCCCCUGCACAUAGGUGUGCAAUGGUCCAGUCCGGACCGCACCGGACCGAGUAUAAUGCGGUCUGGUCCUUGGUGCACAUGAAGUUUAUAAUUACGGAAAAAGAUGAACCGAGCUUAUUUUUGGACCGACCAAACCAGAUCAAAUGGACCGAACGCAAUGAUGGUCCAGUCCUAAGAUGUCUUUCACUAAUGGACCGCAGUUCUCGUGAGUUUGGUCCGGUCAGAACCGGACCGAACGGUUGCACACCCCUACCUACACCCAUUUCAUAAUAAUACCUCCCAUUUUGUUUUGAGUAAUUUUAAAAUGCCUUGAUAAUAUUGGUGUUUUAGUUUUUAAAAAUUAUGAUACACAUUGAAUUUGUCACUUUUACAUAAUGGUACAAAUUCAAUAUUUUAUAGUAUAAAUUGAAUAUAUAUCAUUAUAUUAUGAUACAAAUUGAAUUUAUACUAUAACAUAAGAGUAUAAAUUCAUUUAUAAUACAAAUUGAACUGAACUUUUAUGUUAGAACGUUAUGGUACCAAAUUAUUUUAUAUUUUGAAGCAACAAUACUUCAUUGAACCGUCUUGUUUUACAAUUUUGCCCAUUAAACUAUCGGUUCCGUUCCAAUUAAACAUCCCCAAAGUUACUUAGUCAAACUCCAAAACGGGGGUUUUCCUUUUGUUUUCCCGCAUUUCGUUGCUUUUGCCUUGGGUUGCCACUUGCCAUCAGCCCUAACAGCCGUAGUUAAAAUAUUAAUUAAUGACAACUCUUGUUAACAAAAUUUUAAUGCUUGGUGUUUACGUUUCGACAGAGCGGAUGGGUGUUGGUUAGAGAAAGACACAUCCAGUUCUCUAAUCAAAGAAAGAUUACAGUCAAAUUUGAUAUGUUUUGUUCGCUAAUACAUCACUAGAUUAUCAUCAAUCCGUAUAGCGGAUAAAGCUCUCAUUGUACAAAAUGAGUGAGAUUAGAAGACGGAACACCUAAAAUCUGUACAAAAAACAACUGAAUUUCAUAUUAUUAAGCCAGCCAUUACUCAAUGGACAAUAUUGUUAUGUGCUUCGUGGUUAUUGAGAUACUAAUUAUUUUACAGAAUUAUAAUUAUGCCUAUCCACUACACAUAAUCUGAUAAUCAGACUUGACCUAAAAUAUAAUAACUCCGAAUUAUAAUGAAAUCAAAGAAGACCCGCAUUAAUACUCUCUCUCUCUCUCGAUUUUAUCAAAGAAGACCCGCAUUAUAAUAAUGAAAUCAAGCGGGCGGAUACAAGGGAUAGCAGGCUUGGUGCUGUAUUAGACGAAGUGACUCAUUAUUUUACCUGCAAUUCGGGGUUUAGUGUUAGAUUUAUAGGUCGGCGUAGCAAUAGGGUAACCCACUUGGUGGCUAGAAAGACCAUUUCUUUGUACCCGACUAUGAAUCGUUAUUUUGAUUUUCAGACCUGGCUGAUCUCCAGAGUGUAACUAUCUAUCAUUUUUAAUCUAAUGCUAGAUUAUCUUUUGUAAAAAAAAAAAACUCUCUCUGCAAUUUAACAUCCUCUGUACCAUCUCCCACUGCAUCAAAUCAUUACUCCCUCACUCUCUCAUCCUUCCCCCACUGUUAAAAUAAAAAAUAUAUUAAUUGACAUUCCUAACGUGCGCGUACCCCACGUGUCCUCCACUCAUUUGCUUCGAAAUCGGCGCAUUCCCGAUCUGCAUAACGGCGCCGUCAAAUUCACCGUUACAGAUUCCCCGUCACUGUUAACGGACCCCCCACCCACACACUCUCUCUCUCCCACACUUAUAACGCCCAACCAAAUUCUUCCCCUCCCUCCUUCCUUCCUUCCUUCUCAGAGCUCUUCAUAUCAUAUCUUCUCCGCAGAAGAAGAAGCAGCAAAACGCCAUUCCCACACUGUCUGUCUGUCAGUCAGUCAGUCUUCUCGCGCAAAUGGCUCGCGUCGGCGUCACGACAAGGCCUCGCCCUUUCCCUUUGGCUUCUUCCUCUUCCACGCCUAAUUCCCCUCCCCCUUCCUCCUCUUCCACCAAGCGACGGAAAUUCAACCACCGCGGCGCCGCCGGAGGCAGAGAACACGAAUUAACGAGUGGAGGAGGCGACUCGGCGACUAGCGCUGCAGCAGGCGAUUCGAGUUCCGGUCGCCGGAGCGGAGAGAUCGAGAGGUGUUUUACAAGCCCUAGCGCGGCGGCGGCGGAUGCGGAGGAGGGGGAGGAGGAGGGAGUUGAUCGGCUUUGCUCCGACGAUUCCUGCUGCUCCAGUAAUGGAUCGAGCGAGGGAGCUUCUAAAUUCUCAGAUCUGCAGCAGGAGGAUGAGCAGGCUGAAGUUGAAAUCGAAUCGCCGACGAAUUGCGGCGGCGAGAGAGAAAGGAGAGAGACGACGAGUAGUCGGUCGACGGUGAUAAUCAAGACGGCGACAGGAGAAGAGGUUGCCGACGAGCUCAAGUCAAUGGAGAGACCUGAUGAGCUGCGGAAUUCCACGGCGGUGGAGAUGGGAGAGGAGGAAUCCUCUGCGGCUGUGCGGAAUUCUUCGACGGCGAACCAGCAGAGGAUAGUGGUGACGGAAGCGGAGCUGGAGCUGUUCUUCAGCAGUAUGAACGGCGGGAAGCAGGAACUGAAUCGAUUGAAUGAGAAGUACAACUUCGACUUUGCCAACGAGAAGCCGUUGGAAGGACGUUACGAGUGGAUUCCAUUAAAGCCAUGAGAGAGAAGAAGAAGAAGAAGAAGAAGAAGAAGAAGAAGAAGAAGGUGGUUGCUGAUCUCAUCCUUACUCAGCAGCAGCAGCCUCGUAAUUGUUAACGAUUCAUUCACCAUUGUUCCCAAAUUAGGUAUCUCUUUCUCUCUGGAUCGCCGAUCUCUUUGUAGCUGCCGCCUUCUUUGGUUAACUCAAUUUAAUAUUAUUAUUAUAUUAGGGAUUUUCCUUUUUCUUUUUUUUUAAUCUCCCCAAAUGGCCAUAAAGAUUUUUAUCCUUCUGUCAAAUUUAAUUUACCGCUCUGGAUAACUUGUACAGAGUAGAGUAGAGUAGUACUAUUAUUUAUACGUAUCUUUUGUCAGGCAGCAGAAUUACUAGGUGUUCUUAAUUCCAGAAGCAGAAUUGCUGUUUUUUACCGUUCCGUAAAAAAAAUUACCGCUGCUUCUGUUUCAAUAUAGAGGUGAAGGAAGAAUGAAUUGCUGACUUUGUCGUUUUACUUUUAAUCGUCCUUCCUUUUUCGCACCCUACUCGUCUUUUCUUUUCUUCUGAUUGGAUAUUCCGUUCCGCUAACUAAAAGAAAGGGCAGAAAGUGAGAGAGCAGAAAACCAAUGCUUGUGCUUUAAUUUCAAAAUGAAAGGGGAGCGAACGUGUACAUUAUUUGAAAUGCAUGUAUUUGAGGAAAAAGGACCCGUAAAAACACAGGGAGAAAACUUUUUGAAACCUUUGAUCUAGCUAGGUUUACAAUCGAGACUUGUGAAAGUGGAAAACAUAUUUAUCAUGAAGUUUGAUUUACAAGGCAUGUUAAUCCAACAUCGAUGGUUUAUGACCUUGUAUUCUUCAUCACGUUGUCUACUCCGGGUGUCGUUAAUCUUUACAUCGAAUGAUUCUAGUUUCAUACCCUAAGUGUAUGAUCAUAUAAAUGCGAAAGCAAGAGCUCACUUCACAUUAAUAGACUAUUAAUUCAUACCUCACAACCAAUGUCGUCACUUUGCAAUGAUUUCAUACAAUACAAACACAACCAUGCAAUAAACUAGUCACGGGAGACUUUGCGAUGAGCAACGAGUUUCAUGUCACGCGGACUUAGCAUUGUGAAGCUCAACCUUCUAAGAUUGGAGAAUCAUCAAAGUUUUUGACACACAAAAAAAAAAAGAAAGAGGAUCAUCAAAGUUCAAAAGUUACUGAAAGAUAAGAUCGGAGCUCAAAAUCCCAAUCAUUGAAUGCCAUGAAGUAAAGUUAAUCUGGGUUUAGGACUCCGAGCUUCUACCACCAAGCGAUGAAAAAACAUUUCCUUAGUCCUUACAACUUUCAGGAGGACAGUUAUUUAUUAUUGCAUUAGGUUGGUAGAUCAACAUUAAUAUGGAUGUAACCAUCAAUGUUAGAGAGUACCAAAAUCUCAUGUUUCACCAUAGACAAAAAAAAAAAAGAAGGGUUAAACUCAUGCAUUAUCUCCUAGCUUGUUUCUAGUCUAGAGAUUGUGACUUGUAUGUGUUUCCUCAUUACAUUUAAUAGUUCACUUAUAAUUUCCUAAAUUAUGUCGUCUGUAAAAUGAUAAACCUGUACUACUGCAUAUGCGAAUUAAUCUUAAAACUUAUGCUUGGAAAUCGGCAAAUGACUACCGUCAAUAGUUUUUGCUCCUCUUCAGAUUUAAAUUUGAUUCUGUAGUGUCAUAUCCUAAUAAGUGUAGGAUCGUAUAACUGUGAAAGCAAGAACAAAUUCUACAUUAGUAGACUAUUCAUACCUCACAACACUUGAGAUAAUCUCAUACAAUACAACACAUCCUCCGUACAAUAAACUCCUCACUGGAGUGGAGACCUUGCGCGAUGAAAAACGAGUCAUGACCCAACGGACUUAGCAUUCUUGAAACCUUCCAAUUUUGUAGAAUCAUCAAAGUUUCUAGAGUUAAUGAAGGAUAUGAUCACAGUUCAAAUUCUCCGAACAUUGGAUUCCAGAAAGUAAAGUUAAUCAAUGUUA